GAACCUACAUCCGACUGGAUCUGCCUUCUCGAUGCGUGAAAAUGUGAAUCCGUCCCGAGCGAGCGGCGUUUCCUCUUGAAAAAUUUCUGGUGCGCUUUUCGACAUUUAUACGACACGCCGGGCCGGCGCGCUCCGACGGCCAGGCUCAGACCUUCCGAGGAUGUCAGGAAAAAGCAACACCGAAAAAGUCUCCGAGAUCGACAACCAUGUCACCAAGCAGUACGAGAUCGUGCGACGCCUCGGGAAAGGGGCAUAUGGCAUCGUAUGGAAAGCCAUUGAUAACAGGUCGAAAGAAACCGUGGCGGUGAAAAAGAUCUUCGAUGCCUUUAGAAACCAAACCGAUGCCCAGCGGACGUUUCGCGAGAUCAUGUUCCUUUUGUCCUUUGCCAAUCACGAAAAUAUCAUUCAGCUGAUAGGAUUGCACAAGGCGAACAACGAUCGUGACAUUUACUUGGUAUUUGAGUUCAUGGAGACUGACCUACAUAACGUUAUAAAACGAGGGAAUAUAUUGAGGGACAUUCACAAGGUCUUCAUCAUGUACCAGCUCUUCAAAGCGAUUAAAUACAUCCAUUCUGGAAACGUGAUUCACAGAGACUUGAAGCCGUCGAACAUCCUAUUGAAUGCUCAGUGCCACUGUAAAAUCGCCGAUUUCGGACUGGCUAGGUCCGUAACUCAAAUCGGGGACGGCGAUGGCGAAUCCGGAAGUGAUCCUACAUUGACGGACUACGUUGCGACUAGAUGGUACCGAGCGCCCGAAAUAUUGAUCGCCUCGAAAAGGUACACCAAAGGCAUUGACAUGUGGUCGCUGGGAUGCAUUCUUGGAGAAAUGCUUUUAGGAAAACCACUAUUUCCGGGUUCUUCGACGAUAAACCAGGUGGAGAGAAUAAUGGCGACUUUACCGCCGCCUUCCGAGGAAGAUCUCAUAUCGGUGAGUGCAGGAUACGGCACCAAUUUGCUCCAGAAAACGCCAAGUGGCCCUCGAAGAACCUUGAAGGAGCUCCUUCCGGAUGUCGCUGAGACUGCUCUUGACCUCACAAGCAAUCUCAUCGUAUUCAAUCCUAACUACAGGUUAACUGCCGUUGAAGCUCUGGAGCAUCCUUAUGUUGCUGAUUUUCACAACAGGGGAAAUGAACCCGAAAGAGGGUCCAGCGUGAUUCCACUUUUGAGGGACGACGUACAGCUUUCUGUGGAAGAGUACCGAAACAAACUUUAUGCCAUGAUGGAUGAGAAACACAGAAAGCACAAGAAUAUGUUAAAAAAGAAAUUUUCUGACAGGUCCAAGUCUAGAAUCAGACGUCUCUCCGAACACAUCAGGAAGGAGUCGAGUACCGUCGGUCAGGGAGACGCAGCCACGGUGAAGAAGAGCUUCCACUUCUCGUGUGACGAUAUACGGAAGGAAAAGGCCAAGACUGAAAUUUGCAAAGCUCCUCAAUCGGAAAUUUACGUUUCACGUCCGGUAGCGGUGCGUCGAAAGGCGGAGUUACCUACGUAUGUCAAUGUCAGCAAUGUAAGAACCGGCAAAUCACAAAUGGGCAAUGUCGAGACGAUAAGUGACAAGAAUCCUCAACACACAGGAAAAAACGUAGCUGCUCAGUACGCAUACAAUCUGAUGAACGCCAACUUUAGGAAUCUUCCCCCUGGCCAUGCAAAGAGUUGUUUGUACUUGAACCAACAACAGCAACAGAUGACAAAGUCUCAGAGGUCUAUCCAGUCGGAUCAAGUAACAGUCCAUGGAGCUGGUGGCAAGUCAUCGGUUUCGGUGAAUCAGCCGAAGCCAAGGAGAGGCAGUAAGCCGCAAUUUCUUCAGCGGUUACAACAGCCGGAUCCACCAGGGAAUUCUAAAUCCACAUUGCCAAAAAGACCAAGCCAGGAAAGCCCUAGGAGUCAAGCGAAACACGUCACGAAAAUGCCAAACAAUGCUUCGAAACAUUUCUCGCCGAAUUACAACUCCAACGCCAUUCCAAAUAUGAACGUAAAUCAAACGGCUCCUCAGAGCCAAGCGAUUCAGAAUUACCUGAAUCAGACUCUUCCCAUCCCUUUAACUCGUGAACGAUUAGCUUCUGCUCGCACCAAAAGUUCAAAUCAAUCGUCGACGGGCCAUCCGGAAAGUCGGCAAUCUUAUCCUAUUCCUGGGAAUGUAGAAAAUCACCGGCUGAGAAGUGCGGUUACGAGGAGUCAGGUCCUGAAAAAUAAUCUUCGGUUUAAUGCAAUUCAGAAACCAAACACUGCGGUCAGGAACCUUAGAUCAUUAAACAGUUAUAGUCAAAGCCAUGGCGUUAUUACCGCAUCGGCGUACAAGGACUUAAGAAACGGAAGCAUCAGAUGGUAAAUUCGAGUGACAAUGAAAAUCGAUGUACAUCUCGUCACUUUUUAUUUUUAUUUUUUUUGAGUGUAAUGUGUAAUAAAAAAAUGUAUAAGUAAAAUAGGCUGCCUUCAUUGUUUCGGUGGGACCUGUGCGGAUUUUUUUAAUUCAACUUUCAAUAAUUGUAAGGUUGUUUUUGUAUUACCUGAGCAGCGGCUGCAGUAUUAUUGCAACAUGUGUACAAGACGAACUUGACUUUUUACAGUCGAAGUUUCAUUUCGCAUACCCUUGGUACAAUGGUGUGUGAUAUUAAGUCAGAUUCGGCAACUGAUAAGGUUUAAUAUAGUGCAAUAAAAAUUUCGAAUAAACGCUAUUUAUAUAUUUAUUGUAGAUUACAAUAAUUUUUAGACGAUGCUGGAAAAACAAAAACUUGAAAUAGUUAUCUUACGCCUUGCAGUAUUAAUAUAAGGAAACAACUUUUUCAUUCUGGCGAGUAAUUAUACUGCACAAGUAUUUCAUAAAACAUAGAGUAUUAUGAAAUUUGAUAUAGCAGAAUCUUAGGUAAGAACGAUCUAGUCAAUAAAUGAAAGGAGAUAGAAACCG